AUGGCGGAGGAGGAUGUUGGAAUUUCAGCCAUAGAUAGCCCCAUGAAGAAUUAUAAGGUGAUGGUGGCAAUCGAUGAUAGUGAGUUUAGCGAGUAUGCCCUCACUUGGGUCCUAAAAAACCUUGGCUCCACCAUUCGUGAUUCACAACUUGUUAUCUACACAACUCGAACCCCAGUUGAUAUCGGCUAUUUGUAUGCAUCUUCUUGGGGAACCGCUGAGCUGAUAAAGGAGCUCAAAGAAAGUGAGAAGAAGGCAGCUCUUGAGUUACUCGAGAAAGCUAAAACUACAUGCACUGAUUACAGGAUCAUUGCAGAAGGAAUGACAGAGGUGGGAGACCCUAAAGUGGCCAUUUGCAAUGCAGUAGACAAGUUAAACAUUCAGUUGCUCGUGGUAGGUAGCCAUGGUCGUGGAGCUGUCAUAAGGACGUUGUUGGGGAGUGUCAGCAAUUAUUGUGUCCACCAUGCCAACUGCCCGGUUCUUGUCGUCAAGAAAACAGACUAA